AUGGCCUCUAAAUUGGUGGAGCUGGUCUAUUGGAAAAAGGUCCGAAAGACGGGCAUAAUCUUCACAGGGCUGGUCGUGAGUCUGGCCAGUAUGUUCCAGCUGAGUGCCAUCACAGUCCUGUCCCACAUCUGCCUGGGCAUCCUGUGUAUCACCUUCACUCUACGUCUCUACUACAAGCUACUGGAGCUGCUGCGCUGGAACCCUGGGGUGCACCCUUUUCAGUCGUACUUGGACUAUGACAGCACACUCACAGAUAAGGAGACUGUGGCUCUGGUGGAGGAGGUGGUGCUGUUGAUCGCAUUCGCAGUGACUGAAAUCAAACGGCUGCUCUUCAUCGAGAACAUAGUUGACUCCAUCAAGUUUGCAGUGCUCCUGUACUUACUGACUUAUGUUGGUGUGAUGACCACUGGACUCACUCUUGUCAUCACUGCUGUAAUUGCCAUGUUCUCUUUCCCUAUAUUGUAUAAAAAGCAGCAAGUACGGAUAAGAAGAAUCACAAGAGCAGUAAAAGCGUUUAUAAAGAAAAUCAAGAGCCUCUUCUCCAGCUUGUAUGAGUCAGUGAGACCCUCAGAGCCCUCAGAGCCGGCCUCCAAACCUGCCAUAACAGCUGUUGCAGCCGCCACAAAACAGAAAGCAAAGUCCAAGUAA